AAAUUUUGACCAAGUCACAACAAAAUCAGCAAGAAGUCUCUGAAUAUGAGCUGCGCUUCUUAACAUAUCACACAUUGUUCUAAAUAUGUGCCAACAUUGUCUGAAUUACAGUUUCAUAUGAAUUAUCUCAAAAUAUUUUUGGUCAAAAAUCCAAGCGUUCUGAUCCAUCAAAUAUUCCAUAUCUUUAGGGGCAAUAAUGUUGGAUGUUUUUCUAAGUAUUCAAUAUUCACAACAUUGAAAAAUCUCAUUCAGAAAAACCUAUUGUUUCAAAACCAUAAUCAGUUAACCAAUCAAUUUGUACCAUUAUAAGUGAUAGAGACCUGACUCUGUCUGACAUGUCCAUUUUAUUAUAAUAAUUUAAAUAAUUAACAUUUAUAAAAUGUCUGUGCCCUUCAGACUGUUUUAUAGUCAUUAAUUACUGGAACUUCUCAACAUUCAUUUGAGACUGUUCAACAUUAUUAUUUUCGUCUGCUCAAUAGGGAAAUGAAGCACAACCAGACGGGAUAAUUUCCCACGGGCAUCAAGGCACGAGAAUGAAGAGUCUGCUCACCCAUGACAGCUAAUCUGCUAUCCAGAGAACCAUAAUUAUUGGUUUUCUAGGUAGUGAUGAAAACACCCCUCUCCUUCAUAUAUUUUGCUCUCCACUUAUCAAUAUGAAACUCGCUUCUCAAAGUAAUUCAUGAUGUCUUAAACACAUAGAGUUAAACUAAAAGGCAGUAAACAAUAUUUUUGAGGUAGGGACAUGAACACCUUGGAGACUCAGAAGUUCUUUAAAUGGACAUUCUGCUCCUCCACUAAACCAAGAAAUCUCAAUACAAAUGAUUUUCUGUCAAUGUCGCGUAUUCAUUAAUUUUAGUUAAAUUGAUGAGCAAAGUACUACAGAACUUCUAUUUCAGUUUUCAAUUUUAAAAAUCCACUGAAGAACUCCCACCACAAAAGGAUCGCUAUAUAUUGAGAGUAUGUGAUUUUAAUAAGAAAGAAAACACUCAAUAAAGCAUGAAUAAUAGAGAUAGUCCAUAAGCAUUUCCAGGACAAAAGCAGUAGACAUUUCUCAUUUGAAUUAUUAAUCCUUUGUUAUAUACGGGGGAAACAAGUAGAAUCUAUUCCAGAGGUUAAAAAGAUGUACAUUUACUCAUAUUUAAUCUUGAGCUUGGACACUAUGAUUUAGUAUUGCUCCACCUGGCACCCUUUUCAUAUACAAAGAUAUCCUUGGGCAGCUUUCCACCUGCAGACUGGACACUAUUAACAAUCACCCAAUUAUGAAAAACAACAAUUAGGGUACGAGUAACAUUUUAUGACUGAUUGGCAGAGUUAAGACUGAAAUGACCUACUGAAUCCUAUAAAAGGCCAAUGGAGCUGACUUCUACGGGGCGGUGUGCUUUGGCUUUGCUCCUUUCUGAGAAAGGGUCACUCAGCUCUAGUGUCGCCAUGUCUUUCCGACUUUCUAGCGGAUCCAGGCGGAUCUGCUCGCAAGCUGGCUCUGGUCGUCUGUCUGGUGGAGGAACAGGCUUCGGGGCUGGCAAUACACGCGGUGGGUUGGGAGCCGGAGGCAGCUUUCCUGGUGCUCUUGGCAGUGCUUCUUCUGUAGGAGCUUUCAGUAGUAGUGGUGGAGGGUUGGGAAGCGGCGUCUGUGCUGGUUUUCUUGGAAAUGAACAUGGCCUCCUCUCUGGAAAUGGAAAGGUGACCAUGCAGAACCUCAAUGGCCGCCUGGCAUCCUACCUGGACCACGUGCGAGCUCUGGAGGAAGUAAACGCAGACCUGGAGCAGAAAAUCAACGGCUGGCAUGAGGAAUACGGGCCUGGCUCUCGCCGGGAACUCGCUCACGACCACAGUAGAUACUUGUCAGUCGUUGAAGAUCUUAAAAGGCAGAUUAUUUCUGUGACCGCCUGUAACGCCAGCGUUGUUCUACAAAAUGACAAUGCCAGACUGACCGCUGAUGACUUCAGGCUGAAGUAUGAAAAUGAGCUUGCUCUGCACCAGAGCGUUGAGGCCGACAUCAACAGUCUUCACAGAGUUAUGGAUGAGCUGACCCUUUGUACAACCGACCUGGAGAUACAGUGUGAGGCACUCAGUGACGAACUUACGAACCUCAAAAAAAGUCACGAGGAGGAAAUGAAAGUCCUGCAGUGUGCAGCUGGGGGGAGCGUGAAUGUGGAGAUGAAUGCAGCCCCAGGAGUGGACCUCACCGUUCUGUUGAACCACAUGAGGGCCGGGUACGAGGACUUGGCUGAGCAGAACCGCAGGGACGCUGAGGCCUGGUUUAAUGAGAAGAGCACUUCGCUGCAACAGCAGAUUUAUGACGAUGCAGGAGCAGCCACGGCAGCCAGAAAUGAGCUGACAGAACUGAAACGCAGUCUGCAAACCCUGGAAAUAGAACUUCAGUCCCUCAUGGCCAAGAAACAUUCCUAUGAAGGCUCCUUGGCCGAGACCGAGGGGAAUUGCUGCCUUCAGCUCCAGCAAAUCCAGGAUCAGAUUGGCAUGAUGGAGGAACAGCUACAACAGAUUCGAACAGAGACAGAAGGCCAGAAGCUGGAGUACGAACAGCUUCUAGACAUCAAAAUAUUUUUAGAAAAAGAAAUUGAAACUUAUUGCAAAUUGAUAGAUGGAGAAGAAAGAAAAAGUAAAUCUACAUGUUACAAAACGAAAGGACGUGGGCCCAUAAAUUCUGAAAAUCAAAUCAAAGACUCAAAAGAAGAGACUGUUGUCAAAACAGUGGUUGAGGAACUAGAUCAACUCAGCAAGGUCCUUUCACUGAGGGUCCACUCAUUUGAAGAAAAAUCCUCUAAAAUAAGCAACAUUACAGUGGAGCAGCGAGUACCUUCUAAAGCCCCAAAAUGAGAAAGAAAGGUUUUUUUUUAAAAGCCUGCCUUUGCAAAAUCCCCUUGGCCAGAAAACCCAAGGAAAUCAUUCAUUUCUAUUCUUAAAGGGUUAGAAUUCGUUUUCCUUCCCUUCUUGUUCUCAAGGUCUUUGCAUGUAAUCCUUCUCAGGAGUAGAAAAAAUCUUGCUCUGUCCCUAGUUUUUAUUUUAGGGCCUUUUUUUUGCCAUUUCAUUAAAAAUUUUUCUAUUGCAAGCUAUUUUUGAUAA